AUGUACAACGGCCAGUAUCCUCCACCCCCCCAUGGUGGUUUUCAGGGCAGUCCACCUGUUUCGCCAUCUAUGGGAUCGCCUUGGCAAAGACCUCCAUCUGAUACACAUACACCACCCGUGCCACCUUCAGGACCUGUAUGGCGAGAACAUCAAAACGCUCAAGGGAAGAAAUAUUGGUUCAACACAGUAACGCGACAGAGUACGUGGGAAAAACCAGAGGAGCUGCUUACUCCAGAAGAGAAGGCAUUGAUGAGUUGCCCUUGGAAGGAAUAUAAAACCCCAGAGGGAAAGACCUAUUACAGCAAUACCCAGACAAAGGAAUCACGUUGGGUCAUACCCGAGGAUUAUAAAGAACUUCGUGAUAAAGCAGAACAAGCCAAAGAACGAGCAGCAGCAGCACAAGCACAAGCACAAGCACAAGCACAAGCAGAAGUUUCAUCUCGCCCUUCUCCUAUACCAGGUACAGGUAGUGAUGUGAGUGGUCCUCCUUCUUCAACAAGUACGCCUAUGGGUACACCACAACAGCAACGAGGUCCCAUUCGUCAACCCCCACCUAGUGCCACGCUUUUAUCUCAAGUGCCUGCUGUUGAAUUUGCUACCAAAGAAGAGGCAGAAAAGGCAUUUGUCAAACUGUUACGAGAAACGGGUGUGCGACCGGAUUGGACGUGGGAACAAACGAUGCGAGAAAUUAUCACCCAUCCGAUGUAUCGUGCUUUGCGUACAGCAGCUGAACGAAAGGCGGCGUUUCAUCAGUAUAUUGACAAGGAAGCCAAACGUGAACGUGAACUACGUGAGGAACGAGAGACUAAGCAACGCGUGGCGUUUUUCCAUAUGCUUGAGAACACCAAAGACAUCAAACCCUAUACACGCUAUCGUACAGCCGCCAAACUUUUGUCACAACAACCCGCCUUCAAUCAAGUCAAGUCUGACAGCCAACGUGAAGCCUAUUUUGAUGAAUACGUGCAUGGAUUACAACGACGUGAAAAGGAUCGACUUCGUGAAUUACGCAAGAGCAGCAUGGAUCAAUUUGCGGACUUGUUACGCCACAUGCCAGAAAUCACCCAUGAGACCGGAUGGCCUAUGGCACAAGAACUCUAUAAAAAGCACCCCACGUUUGAGAACCCAAAGGCAUUUGAGGGCAUGGACAAGUUGGAUUUCUUGGUGGUGUAUCAACAACACAGCAAAGAGUUAUGGAUGGCACCCUUUGAUGACUUUGAACGACAAAAGCAACAAAAGAGACGUCAACAUCGGAAAGCACGUGAUGCAUUCAAGACGCUACUCGAUGAGUAUUACCAAAAAGGGGUGAUCAACGCACGGACCCUAUGGAAGGAACUUUAUCCGCACAUCAAGGAGGAUCCUCGGUACUUGGAUCUCUUGGGCAUCCCUGAUUCUUCUCCCCUCGAUCUCUUUUGGGACAUGUUGGAUGACUUGGAUGAGAAAUUGUAUCAUGAAAAGAAGGCUGUGUAUGAUGUGCUCAAGCAACAUGACUUUGAAGUGACUGUGGAUACAAAGUUUGAAGAAUAUCGUGGCAUCCUCGACCAAGAUCCAACUCUCAAGGACCGAGCUACUGAAAGCAACAUCAAAAUAAUCUUUGAUCAUCUUCAAAACAAGGCUGUGCAUCGACUCAAGGAAGAAAAACGACGUCAAGAAAGGAAGCUGAGGAAAAAGAUGGAUGCAUUACGUUAUGCCAUGAAACAUUUGGAUCCCCCUGUGAAUGUUGAGGAUACUUGGGAAGCCGUGAUGCCACGUAUUGAACAUUUACCCGAGUACCAGGCCAUUGAUUCUGAACAAGCAAGAAUGGAAGCUUUUGAAAAGUUUAUCAAGCGACUCAAGGAGAAACAAAUGGAGCAAGAUGAUGAGGAAGAAGAGGGAAUGAUCAAGGAAGAAGAUGAAGCCUAUUAUUCCAAAGGUCACCAUCACGGACGAUCACAUAGCUCUCGAAGAUACAAGUAUGCCCGACGUGAUUCGGAUCGGGAAGAUGAAUUGGGAUAUGAUGAAGAAAGAAGGAAAAAGAGGCGUCAAAUGAUGUCCCAUCGAGAAAGUUUGGAUCAGCCAUUAGCUGGAGGGCAUUCAAGUGCAGAGGAAGGUGAAGCUUUGGAUGACUAUGAAAAUGAUCCACGUCGACGAUAG